AUGAACAUUGCGAACUACUUUCAAAAGAACCAGAUGAUUGCCAAAGUCGAAAAAGUACAAAAAUUCAAACAAAAAUCCUUAAACUUGGAAGACUUUGAUCUAGCAGAGUUUCCCGAUAUCAUAUUAAACUGCGACAGCCUUAGGAGUCUUAUUUUGCAGCGCAAUCGUAUAGCAGAACUACCCAAAGAAAUCGGCAUACAUUUAAGAGGCCUAAAACACUUGUCGGUGCAAUUCAAUAAUUUCCAAAGUUUUCCUGAAUGUCUUAAAGAAUUAACGACACUGGUGAGUUUGAAUAUAAGUCACAAUCCUAUAAAACACUUGAGGGAGGAUAUUGAUUGUUUCAAAGAGCUUAAAUGUUUGUGGUGUAAUUCUUGUGGCCUUAAAACAAUUCCAAAAAGCUUGGGAAAUUUAAGCAAACUUGAAACUUUUGGGGCUAGAAAUAAUGAAAUUAAAAUCUUACCUAAAACAAUUACUCAACUAAAAGAAUUAAGUUGGCUUUCACUUGAAGGUAAUUGCAUUGAACAACUCCCUAAUGGUUUUCACAAGUUAAGUAACUUGCAUCAUCUCAAUUUGAAUAGGAAUCAUUUCAAACAAAUACCAAAAGUGUUGGUAAAGUUGAAAUCUUUAAGGUUUUUGCAUUUGCAAAGAAAUAACAUAAAAAUGUUAAGUUGUGAUACAAUUAUGGCCCUAAUUAAUGUGAAAAUUUGCCUUAUAAAUAACCCAAUUGAAAAUGGACAAGAGUUUAUUGAAUUCAAGCACUUGCUUCUAAACCCUUCAGACUAUCAACAAAAUCCAACUAAUGAAGAAGACAUGAUUACAGACUCAUCUGAGGACGAUUCAGAUUGGGAAAACAGCACUGACACUUUAUAUUUAAAUUAUGACAGCUCUUCACAAAGCCCCCAAUCAGAUGAAGACGAUGAAAUUGUUAAAAAUAUACCAAAAUGUUCAAGAUUUUUUUUGUGCCAAUAA